UUUGCUUUAGUUUCUUGCUUGAAAAUAAUUGAAUAUUUGCUAUAGAGAAAGAGAGAGUAUCCAGACUUUUUUAAGCUAACAAAUGACAAUAGUUGAACGCAAACAUAUGAUUUUGAACAUAAUCCAGAUUAUUUUCAAAUAAUAAUUUUUAAAUUGAUUUCCCAGCUGUCUCAGAGAAAUAUUAAUUAAAACAAGAGCUAGUUUUUACCUCAUGCAGGCUUAGAAGCCGAGGUAACAGAAAUUGUAUAUAAUGUUUUCUUUUUUCUGUACUUACAGGCCAAAAUAUUGUUACUGGCAGAAUAAUUGCAUGGAUGGCCGAUAUAUCUGACAAGUUUCGAAAGGUUGAGGAAAAACUUGACAUGGUAUUGAAGAAUAAAGAAAAAUUUCAGCCCCAGAACCAAGUUCAAAGUGAAGAAAGUUUAGAAAUUCUUGAAAAUCUACCUCUCACAAGUGACAGCAGCUUUGUGGACCUGAAUGAGAGGAUGUCUAAAGAUAAGCAUCUACGACAUUUAAUAGUUAAAGUUUUAAUUUCCGUCGGAGGCCGUGAUAUGAGAUCUCAUAUAAACAACAUGUUGCGACGGAUUUUAAGUGAUGAAGUUGCCGAGCAGUACUCAAUAAGUGGCAAGAGCUUAGUGAAAAACAUGUCAAAAAAGCCCUUUCUUGCUACAGAAAUUGCCAAGUCAAUUUUUCAUGCUUGUCAAAGUGUGUUUAGAGACUUGGCAACAGAGGUGAAGAUGAAGGAAGCUGUGGGAGACUGGCUCAACCAAGCCAAAGUUAGAAGAACUCGAAGGAUGCAAAGACAGGGGAAAAAUGUGGAAAACAUUGAUUAAUUCUUAAUUGUUAUAAAUAAUGCAUAAUAAAUGAAAUGAC